AUGGUAGCCGCCGUUGGGAAAUCCGAAGCGAGCGUGGAUGCGACAUUGACCGGUCCCCGUGGCAGAAGCUUUUCCGGUGGAGCGAACGACAGUUUGAAGGGUGCAAGCGACGUCUACUUGUUGGGCACUCUGAAAUGGAACUAUGGCGUUCACAACUUCAUGGCUUACAGCAUGGGUAACCUGCCAGUCGGCGCGUAUGACCCGGAUCGAUUGGUGAACAUCGGACUUGGCCAUGCAUCGCUUGACGCCGGCGGUGGAUACACAUAUUUCGACAAAACCAACGAGUUUUCCGUCGUAGCGGGCCUGACCUACAACUGGGAGAACCCAGAUACCCAUUAUAAAAAUGGCGUAGAUGCUCACGUGGACUGGAGUGCCUCGCACUUCAUCACAAGCCAGACUCAGUUGGGCGUGGUUGGUUACUUCUACAAUCAGAUCACAGGGGAUAGCGGUAGCGGUGCCACCUUGGGCGACUUCAAAUCAAAAGUCAGCGCCGUAGGACCCCAAGCCGGGCAUUUCUUCAAGGUCGGCAAAGACCUCUGGUACGUCAACCUAAAAGGCUACUACGAGUUUGAUGCAGAGAAUCGGCCAGAGGGCUGGAACACCUGGUUAUCCUUGGUCAUACCUCUGUCUGGU